AUGCUAGUUUGCUCAUCUGUUGUGUUUUGCACCCAGAGAGUAUCCACAUUAAUCGAUCGAAUCUGUUUUAUACUCCAAAUGGAUGAAUUCGAGGAGUACAGAAAUCCACUUACUAAGAGAUAUGCAAGCCGUGAAAUGGUGUGCAAUUUCGGAGAAAAGCGAAAGGUAAUCAUCUGGCGUCAACUGUGGAUAUGGUUAGCAGAAACACAAAAAGAGUUGGGAUUCGAUAUCACAGACGAACAGAUUGAUGAAAUGAAAAGUCAAAGGGAUUUAGUCGAUUUUGGGACUGCCGCAGCUGAAGAAAAGGCUCGGCGACAUGACGUGAUGGCGCAUGUAUACACUUUUGCUUUAGCUUGUCCAAAAGCUGCACCAAUCAUUCACCUCGGUGCAACAUCAUGUUUUGUUGGUGAUAAUGCCGAUUUAAUCAUGCUUAAGGAUGGUUUAAAUAUACUUUUACCGAAGGUUGCUAGAUGUAUUGACCGGUUAGCUAAAAAAGCUAUGUUGCACAAGAGUUUAAUAUGCCUCGCUCGCACCCAUUUGCAACCCGCUCAACCUACUACAAUGGGUCGUAGAAUAUGUAUGUGGAUACAAGAUUUGUUAUUAGAUUUAGAGAAUCUAGAAAGGUUGAAGAACCAUACAAUUCGUUUUCGUGGUGCUAAGGGUGCAGUAGGAACUCAAGCAUCUUUUAUGGAUCUAUUUCAAGGUGAUCAUCAAAAGGUUAUCAAAUUGGACGAAAUCUUAACCCAAAAGUCUGGAUUCCAGCGUUCCUGGUGUGUAACUGGUCAAACUUAUCCAAGAAAAGUAGACAGUGAGAUCUCUAACGUGUUGUCGAAUAUAGGUGCAACUGUUCAUAAAAUAUGCACCGAUAUACGACUGCUGAGUAGUUUUCACGAAGUUGAGGAACCUUUUGAAACUAAACAAAUCGGUUCAAGUGCAAUGCCAUAUAAACGUAAUCCUAUUCGUUCAGAAAGAGCAUGUUCUUUAGCACGUUAUCUAAUGCAUAUAUCGACUUCCAUGAUUUCUACAGCAUCUGUUCAGUGGCUUGAACGUUCAUUAGAUGAUUCAGCUAUCCGUAGGAUUGUUCUCCCAGAAGCUUUUCUUGCAGCCGAUGCAUGUCUUACUUUGCUACAAAACAUAGCUGAAGGAUUAAUAGUGUACCCAAUGGUGAUGGAAGCUAAUUUAAAUUCUGAACUUCCUUUCCUCGUUGUUGAACGUAUUUUGGUCAAAAUGGUGUCUGAAGGCGCAGCCAACCGUCAGGAAUGCCAUGAACGCCUUCGUAAGCAUAGUCAUGAAGCUGCUGCAGAAAUUAAAUUAAAGGGUUUAAAAAAUAGUCUCAUGGAUAAGUUACUCAACGAUGAUUAUUUUACCCCGAUACAUUCGUUACUUCCAAAUUUAUUAGAUCCAUCUUAUAUGAUCGGUCGUGCUGUUGAACAGGUGGAAGUAUUCUUAGACACUGAAGUUGACCCAGCAAUUCACUCAUACAAAGAUUCUUUAGCAUUGAACAGUAAUAUCACAAUUUGA